AUGGCUUCGCUCGCCAUGUCGUCUGUUUCCACGGCUGCGCUUCUCUCUUCCGCGGAGUCGUCUUCCUUCGUGCAGGGCAAGGCCCUUGCUGGCACUGCCAAGACUGCAGCACUCAAGUCCUUCCAGCGUGCAGCAGUUCGCUGCCAGGCGUCCUCCUCCGACGCGUCGUCCUCCUCCGACUCCUCCUCUGCUCCCGUCAUCCCCCGGCGCCAAGCGAUGCUCACUGCACUCACCGCUGCCUCCAGCCCGCUGUGGGUGCCUCUGCUGACGUCCUCGGACCCCGCUCUUGCAGCCAACAUCGUGCAGCGCGGCCAGCGAGCAGCGUACCUGAAGGGCCUGAAGGAGGAUCUCUUCAACACCAUCAGUGCCAAUAAGGAGCUUGUGCCCGAUAUCCUGCGAUUGGCCCUCAACGAUGCGGCCACUUAUGAUAAGGAGACUAGGACAGGAGGAGCGAACGGGUCCAUCCGUUUCAGCGAGGAGCGACGUGAAGUGAGGGUGUUUUUGAGACGUCUCGAAAACACCCUCACUUCAUGA